AUGUAUACUUCUACUCUUCUUCUCGCUCUCGUCGCUUCUGCGAGUGCUCACAUUGCUUCUUGGAACAAGGGCAUGUACUGCAAAGGUGGCAAUGACUCUUCUGUUGACAAUGCCAACACCAACCUCGCCGUGAACCCUCUCUACGAUCUCCCCAAGUCCAAAUGGUGGAUGCAAGCCGACCGCGGGUGCGAUGCCGUGCCUCCUCCUAAAGGCGAGUUCCUCGAGCUUCCAGCCGGUAAAUCCUUCAUGACGGAACUCGCCAACAACCGUGCCUUCACGACACUCUCUUACAAGGGAGAGUUGACUACAGAAUGGCAAGAUGGCAAGAACCGCUCUAUGCCGUGGAGAGGUCCUGAAGGUGGCUGUCUCAUGGACGGUGGUGAUGGCUCGGGUGGAGAGUUGCACACCAAGAACAUUGAGUCAACUGGUGGAACAGCCUGGGCCAUCUCGUACGAGAGCGAUAUCAGCAAGGUCACCAUGGAUAACCUUGUUGUUUUCUCUCAGUUCUCCUUUCUUUCGCGAGACUUGGUACGACGUCCCAGCCGAUAUGCCUGCAUGCCCUGA